GUAUUGGCAUAAGUAGAUGGCUUGUCUGCUCACCUGUGUAAACGUCAAUAGUCAAUGUGCCCGCAUACUUGGCUUUAAGAUCACCAACAUUGGCAUCGCAUGGUCAAUGUUGCCUUGUUCUCUCGGCCGUGGACCACUUUCACAUCUCUCCUCAUACGUCUUUUCAACCUCUUGCACAAUAUCAUCCUUUCUUGUAGCGGCUCAUAUCCAACACCACCUUUUAGCAUCCCCCAUGUGAUAUUGCCUCGUCGUCAUGUCUUCAAAUUCCAAGGCAGAGUCACCAAACGCCUCUGGAUCUAAACAGGCUACCCUAGCUUCGCCUACUAUGGCUCAACCAAGUACUCCUACAAUCAAACACAAGAGAAAGCAGCCGCAUCUGCUUAAUCCUAAACUUGGACCAGCUGUAAAAGAUUUAACCAGGUCUCGAUCUAGACUAAGCCCAGCUAUCAAAAAUGUAACCAGGCCUUCAAAACCUACCGCUUCUCAGAAAACAGAGAGCCGGGGGCUAACAGUGUCUAAACUGCCUAGCAAUGAAACAAGAAUCAAGGUUACGAAUUUACGUGACCUGGCAGGCGAUCAUAAGCAAACGGCUCGCGACAGCCGACGGGAUCCGUACGAACUGGUCUCUGAUAGUGAAGCCAAUGAUCGCCAGAGAAGUAAUUUUACGCCUGCUCCUCCAUAUAGCCACAUUCCGUCCCCAGCAGAUGCAGGAACAACCAAUAUGGGUGCUUCGAUGAAUCCCAAGCGCGCACAACCAUCAACACCGGUACUCCCUGCUGUUAAACCGUCUGUAUUUAUGAGCUCUUCUCAGGGUACCCGUACCUCUAGAGGUCCUCAGCACUCUCGCCCACGCACUCCAGCCACAGUUCCCCUCAAUAAGCAAAUCAUCCUCCUUGACUCGUCAAGCAACGAGGAUACGAGUUCCCAUGUCACACGAAAAUGUUAUUCUGAAUCCAAGCGCAGGUCAGGUGUUGGCUUAUCGAUGCCAGCAUACACCCUCGCGAACUCAGCAGAGGCUUCAGUCCGUUGUUCCCAGGGAAGAAUAAUCCCGCCUCUCGAAAAGCCGUCACGACCUCACCCUGUUUCCCGUCAACGCACUGCAGCCAAAAUCCCCGCCGGUGCUGAGAUUAUAACGAUAACCGGCUCAUCGUCUGAAUCAGACACAGAACAAUUAGGUGGCAAAGUAUCGACAUCUGUACACUCGCCCUCCAAAACUAUCAAACAACGUUCUCGGUAUCCUGUUAACAGUCACCUAAGUAUUAUCGACAAAGAAGCUCAAGGUACAACCUCUCUGCCGACCGAUUCAGCACUACUUAGCAAGAAAACAAGACGAGAUAGUAUUGCGCUUCAAGGAGGUUAUGCCUCUAUUCAUAGACAUAAGCAGGAACACUACAACAAAUCCCUUACUAGUCCAAAUAGCAAUUCGCUACCCCCGCUUGGCGAAAGUACUCCGGCUAAUGAAAAGCAUACAAUUUCCCAGAAACACGCUGAAAUAAAACAGCCGCAGAAAAUCGACCAGGGGCCAUCUUCCUCUAAGUUCCAGAACACCAAUAACAAUUCCAAUUGUCUAGUAGGAAGCGACGAAUCGGCCGAUACUGCAACUCAGCAAAGGACCACCGCAUCGAGACAGCGGAUCUCACGAGAUAAACACAAGAUCCAAAGACGCUCUUCCCCUAACAAUAUCGUAAUGAAAGCGGUUCAGAAUACUCCUACAGAAUAUAAGACCUUUAAUGUGCUUCACGGCUCCGAGCAAGACCAAGGCCAAAGUAAACUCAAGGAAUCUAAGGAAGUGAUCAACCACGGUGCAAAUUUGGGGGAUUCCGGCAUAUCAGCGACAGCUACUAAAGAUGUGAAGAAGAUUGCGAAAGGCAGGUUUGAGAAGAAAGAGAAAUAUGGCAUUAUAUCCGAGUCAUUAUUUGAAGAACCCAACUACUCAGAUGAUGAGUAUCAACUAGUCUCGGAUAAUAAAGAGCAAUCAAGCGAAGACUCAGGUGAUGAGCUAUCCCUCCAUAGACGAGCCCGAGCCAUCAAAAAUAUGACAUUGCUGUCAAGUCCCGGUCGGAAACUGCGUAGUAGAUCCUAUCCCAAGCCGACAACAUCAUUUACCCCGAUCAACAAGCCAACCCCCGGAACCCAAGAGCGGAAAUCAACCACUACGUCGCCUAGGAUAUUCAAGCUUGGUAAAUGCCAUUCGAAUCGCAUACGCAUCACCACUGAUACAACCGAUUCCGAUUCAAAUGGAUCUCGAGAAGGCAGGAUCAAUAAAAAGGACGACAAGCCAACUGAAUUCGAGAGAAAGUCGUGGUGGGAUCCACAGGCGUGGAUAGAAAGAUAUGAAACCGGGUUUAUGAUUGAUUUUAAUGUUGCUGACAGGCUCUGGCUCGGUAUAGGUCCAUUCAAGGGGUGGAUAUCUGAUGGUCCUGGAAAGGGUACUUAUAUGCCUGGCUACGGACCACCAGACGACGCGACAAUUGCCGAAGCAGAAAAAACGGCUGUGCUCAGAUAUCAUCUACGCACCUACGAUUCAGACUCGGAAGAUCAUGAGCAAUGGGAAAGGGAUUACUUCCCGGAUAAAACGAAGCCAUGCGAAAACGAAGGCAGUUCCGCACAGCUCGCUCUAGGCAUGAACCAGGGCAUGAAGGUGACAGGCAGCCCAGAAUGCCCAACCACUGACUCACGAGAAGAGGAACUCCAUUGUAUAGCCCCGUCGACAGAUCCAGAUCAAGCAACACUAUUAAAACGGAAGGCACUGAGCGAAGCUAAGGCAAUAGAACGAGCAGAACGUGCAGAGAGAACAGAGCAGUAUGUGCUUACCGGAACCCCUAGCGGACGUAUCAAUUCCCAAGACACUGAUUCCUAUGGUCCAAUAAGUAGUAGAACCCGAGGGAAACUUUCCACCCACCGCGUACCAACGACGAAACCUGACGACACUACAUCACCAUCAUCUGCGGCAUCCGAAACAACUUCUACCCUAAUUACGCGACAGUUAAUAGCCGACUGUACUUCGCUUUCGAGUCCAAUGAAUCGAAGAACCAAAGCUUCAUCCUCGGCUCGGCAUGUUAACGAGCGAUGCAAUUCCGACGAUGAAGGUUCAAGCAGUAUCAGCAGUAGCGAACUGAGUUCUGGCAUUCUGGCUCGACUGUCCCGUGAGACGUCAUCACUACCACCGGCGUCAGGAAGGGGUCAGAGCAUGUCCGUCGGGUUGGAGUAUCCCAAUGCCAAACCUGAAUGGUUCAUUCCACCCAAAACCUCGACCAAGACCAAUAUAGAAGUUAUGCUACCAUCUAUGUCGGUAGAGGAGCGCGCAGGAUACGAUGUGGUUUCCCCAGUUGAUGACGAUGAAUCUACACCGCUGCCUCCCACGUCGUUCAAGGAAAUCAACAAAGCCACUCCAAGCUUGAGUCCGGAAUCAGACGGGUCAGGAGAAGAGACACUCAAUUACGUAUUGCGCCAGUCGCCUCUAUGGCUACACAACAUCACGGAGAUGGUUGAGCCCAGAGACACAAUAACGGACAUGGCGAACCCGUCAUCCAAGUCACCGGUUAAAUCAUCAUCGAAAAGGCCAUCUGUGGACCUAGAAAGCCUACGAAGUCCACGAGAACCGCGAAGACACCUCUUUACAGCUACAGCAGCGGGCAAUAGCCAAGCUGGCCAACAUUUUUCGUCUGAGACCAAGAGAAAGGAAAAGAGGAAAGCUGCCUCCACGGGUUUCCCCCCUCCCGAUGAAUCACCCGCUAGCAAGAAGCAGAAGGCAGACAACUAUCCAAGCUUUAAAAAACCAAAUAGACUUGGCCAGAAUUGUCGCCGCCGAAUGCGAAUACAGAAAGAGAAGCAAAUGCAGAAUAAUAACAGCCAGAUACGGAUAUGCGAACGCCAACGUAGUUAAUAGAUCAACGAUUACGGUUCGACUACCUCUUCGAGACUUAAUUUAACGAUAUCGACCAACGUAUAUGGAAAGGGAUUGUCGAAGUUAGGAACUAAUAUGUUUUACAUACUUGAUGUUCACGGAAUGAAGAACUAAUAAACCAUGCGAGCUCGAUACCUCCGUUUCGGACGAAUUUAGUCUCUUGAGACACUCUGCUAUUCGAGUGUGCAGGCGUGGGUGGAUGUUGAAUGGGUUGGUUACUUGUUAGUAUAAGAAAGUAGGAUAGUAAGAGAGCGAGAAAGAAUAUUAUACCUGGCUACCUACAUAGGUAGGUAAGGUAAUAUGGUCUGGCCAGCAAAUCUCAUGUCUUAUGGUAUAACAUGUACGUCUUCAAGUAUGAUAUCUACUUUGCCCCAGUGAACAUGGCAACUUACCGUAUUCGCUUGCUUUGCCAUUCUGUAUUAUAGCCAGCAUCGUUGUUCAUUCGUGUAUGGG